UCACUAGCGCUGCCAGUGGACAAUCAGACCCGCACACCCACCUCCACACAAGCUCGCAUUUCUCAUUUUGUUACUUCUACUCCAAAUUACAUCGCUGUGGCUUGGUGGCGCGGAGAGGGUGAAAAAGCGGAGAGAAUAGUUAGAAGUGCACGCCGCAGCGAGGCAGCGAACCGCCACAUCCAACAUGGAGUCCCCGCCUGAUCCAGCGAGCGACCCGGGCAACAGCGCCUCGGAGCCGGCUACCCCGGUCAGGGAAACCCCGGCAAGCCUGGAGACGCUCCGGAAAGCGGACCACCCAGCCCCGGUUCGAAGGCAGACCUGCUCGAGCACCAACAGAGGUAUCUCCGUAGCAAAGAAGACACACACAUCUCAAAUCGAAAUAAUUCCCUGCAAGAUCUGUGGAGACAAAUCAUCAGGCAUCCACUACGGCGUGAUAACAUGCGAAGGCUGUAAGGGCUUCUUCAGGAGGAGUCAGCAGAGCAAUGCGGCCUACUCCUGCCCCCGUCAGAAGAACUGCCUGAUUGAUCGCACAAGCCGCAACCGCUGCCAGCACUGCCGGCUGCAGAAGUGCCUGGCAGUGGGCAUGUCACGGGAUGCGGUGAAAUUUGGCCGCAUGUCCAAGAAACAACGAGACAGCCUCUACGCUGAGGUCCAGAAGCAUCGGCUCCAGCAGCAGCAACGGGACCACCAACAGCAGCCCGGGGAGGCGGAGCCUCUCACACCUAGCUACGGCCUCUCUGCCAACGGCCUGACGGAGCUCCAUGACGACCUCAGCGGCUACAUGGACGGCCACACCCCCGACGGCACCAAACCGGACUCGGCCAUCAGCAGCUUCUACCUGGACAUCCAGCCCUCUCCGGACCAGUCCGGCCUGGACAUCAACGGCAUCAAGCCCGAGCCCAUCUGCGACUUUGCCCCCGGAUCUGGCUUCUUCCCUUACUGCUCCUUCACCAACGGAGAAACGUCCCCUACCGUUUCCAUGGCAGAACUAGAGCACUUGGCCCAGAAUAUCUCCAAAUCGCACAUGGAGACAUGUCAGUACCUGAGGGAGGAGCUGCAGCAGAUGACCUGGCAAGCCUUCCUGCAGGAGGAGGUGGAGAGCUACCAGAGCAAGCCGCGGGAAGUCAUGUGGCAGCUGUGCGCUAUCAAAAUAACAGAGGCCAUUCAGUAUGUGGUGGAGUUCGCCAAGCGCAUCGAUGGCUUCAUGGAGCUGUGUCAGAAUGAUCAGAUAGUGCUGCUCAAAGCAGGCUCUUUGGAAGUUGUGUUUGUCAGAAUGUGUCGUGCCUUUGACUCGCAAAACAACACGGUCUAUUUUGACGGGAAGUACGCCGGGCCAGAUGUGUUCAAGUCAUUAGGCUGUGACGACUUGAUCAGCUCCGUCUUCGAGUUUGGGAAAAACUUGUGUUCCAUGCACCUGUCGGAGGAUGAGAUCGCCCUGUUCUCCGCCUUUGUGUUGAUGUCUGCUGAUCGAUCCUGGCUCCAAGAGAAGGUGAAGGUGGAGAAACUUCAGCAGAAGAUCCAGUUGGCUCUCCAGCAUGUCUUGCAGAAGAACCACAGAGAGGACGGAAUUCUUACAAAGUUGAUAUGCAAAGUUUCGACACUGCGGGCGCUGUGCAGUAGGCAUACAGAAAAGCUUACGGCUUUCAAAGCAAUAUACCCAGACAUUGUGCGUGCCCACUUCCCCCCCUUAUAUAAGGAGCUGUUUGGAUCAGACUUUGAGCAGUCCAUGCCCGUUGACGGGUAGCGUCCCUGCCAGGUGCCAGAGCGCCCACCGUAGGGGAAUGUGGAGGAGGAAUCUGAGACACUUUAUAUUGGUGCCCCCGCACAAACCGGGAGUGGACAAGACAGCACGCUGCUCAACAUCUUCUCUUUUAUCCAAGAGGAGGGCUGGUGGAGUUGCUUCUCAUGGUUUACUUCAGUGGUUCUCUUUGGAAGACUUGGGGGGGUGGACAAAAACCCCGUCCAACAAACAAUUUCUGCCCGUUUGAACUUGACCAUCUUUUGCGCAUUUCUAAAUGAAACUCAUGACGGAUGUCAAUCAUACGUUCAUUCGCCGGGAUUGACUUUAACGAUAUUCUGACGUAUCUGACUUGAAAUUAUAUCAAUCAACCUUUUUGCUAUUCAAAUUUUUCAUCAGGCACUGAAAGCUGCAAUAAAUGUUUCUCCUCAGAGCAGUUGCAGACAUUCAAAAGUGAAAUGCGCACAUUUUGGUCAAUUCUGCUCUAUCUUUUCCCUUUUUUUUGUGUCUUUUCUCGUAUUCAGUCGUAUUUUUUGGGACGCGUUGCUUGGGACGCCAACUCACAGCAACUCGGAGGGAGGCUCUGUCGGCAUACGUUGAUGCAAUCGGCACCUCUCUGUGGACAAUCGUUUGAAGAUCUGGAAAAAAAAAGGAGAGAGGAAAAAAAACAGAAUUCUGGUAAUUCUAUUGAGAUGAUUUUAGCUGUCAAAAACCUCCAUCCGCCAUUGUUGCUUAGUGAAAUCAUGUAAGGCCAUCUGCUAUUAAUCCUUCUCUGGACAGGUGCCCUCUGAGAAGCACGGGGCACCAACACAAUGAAAAGGCUCCAUUCCACCUGUUUUAUAAUGUACUACAGGGUAUAUGGUCAUAAGUACUUACUAUACAGAAAAAAAGUAAUGUUUAUAGAAUCUAUUUUAAAUAACAUGUAUGAUAUUCGUAGUUAGACGAUUCUUAAUUGUUCAAUUGAUAAGGCACUUUUCUUUCCACCUUUGUUUUAAUUUAAGACUUGUAUAUUUACCUAGUGAUGUGUUGCAUGUGCACAAGAAGAAAAUACAAGUUGAACCACGGCCGCGGAGGCUAGUCCUGAGAGCUGGAGAUGGUCAUGUAUGCGGGGGCGGGGCAGGGCGGCUCGGCGUUGCUGCUUUGGCCACGAGAAGGCGGAUGAGAGGCAUUCCAACCUCACUUGAUAAACGAUCUGCUCACGUCAUUGAUUUGUUGGAUAGCUUCAAUGGGCACAAUCGCUGACAUGAAACAACAUAGACACAAUGAGACUCAAAUUUAUUAUUCAUUCUGUAUUGCUCACAAUAACGCUCAGUUUUGAUCGGUACCGUCGCGAGAGUGUUUAUUGUUGCGUUUGCCGGUUGCGUUGAAAUCAUAUCGUGACUUCUUCCUGAUCUUGUGCCGCUCAGAAGGUUCGCCAAAAUAGGAAGCACACCUGUGAGUUUAUUGCAAACAAUUCAAGAUUUUUUUUGGGAUGAAUCAAGUGCCCCUCUUGUUCGACACCCAUGCAAAUUUGAACCACCAAAAAUGAGGGCAAUUUUUGAAAUGAUUUUCUCCACCAAAAUAUUAGGCACACCGUAAGCUUAUUGCAGCGCAGUUAUAAACAAUUCAAGAAUUUUUUUUGUUAUGAUCAAUUGCCACUCUUGUUCGACACCACUAAAAAUUAGAACCACCAAAAAUGAGGGUAUUUUUUAAAUGAUUUUCUUGGCCAAUCAAAACUGAGCGUUUUUCUGAAUUCUGUCUGGAUCACUUUCAAAUGCAGGUCACAGGACUUACGAUCUCAAAGAUCAGCUUUGAUAAAAUCUACAGUACACAAUAUUACUUGCGGUUAUUUAUACUCUGGCCAAAUCGAAGAGUUAAAGUUUCUAGGUUCUAUCCCGUUUCCUUAAAAUUGUCCAGUGAGAUCAGCGAUAUGAAUAAUUUCAAUUGUCAAAACGAUACCUUUUCAACACAUAGAAUUUCACAUAAUUUGAUCAGGAUAUGAUUCAUUGUAGGAUUUGCAUUUCUACUUUUCUCUAUGAAGGCAGUAUUUUGGCAACUCCUCAUUUAGCAGGUGCACCAAAUUUUCUCUCCGCUAUUGAUUUGCAAACCAAGCCAAGUGAUCCCUGACUGCAAUCCAAUUGUUCCCUCUAGUGGAAGGCAAAGCUACAGCAAGCAACAAAACUGCCUAGUCGUGACAUAAAAGGAAACCUCAUUGAAAUCUUUUUUUCUUGCCGUUUCCGGAGUGGCUUUAUCUGCCUUCUCAAGCCAACAACGCAGAAGAAACAAUGAAGGGAAAGUGAAUAUUCAAAGCCUUGUCUGGUCGUAAAGCUUCUAUUUUUGUAACACGUUUUUUGUGUGUGUGGGGGUGGGGGGAUAAUGAACUCCAGAAAGAGUGGUAAGGAGAGAGAGAAGGGGGGGUUAAAGAUGUCAGAUAGCACUUAACUAUAUUCCUGCAAUAAUUAGUCGAGCACUUGUUUGUACAAUUAGGGAAGAGAAGCAUAAAACGCUAGGACAAGUGCUAUUUUCAGAAUGCUUUGUUGUUGUGCUUUUGUUUUUGUUAAGUGUGUCUUUCUUGUUCGUGUGGUUGUAAAGUGAUAGAACACACACAAACACACACAAAAAAAAAACCUGAAUGUGCCAAAAGAGUAGUCUGCUUUCUGGUCUGUUAUGCAGAACGGACUCCGAAAACAUUCCAGCAAAUUCUGUAGCGACUUUGAGGAAGAACUUUAUUUUUAAAGGCAACAUUUAAAAAAUAAAGUAAAAAAAAAUAGAAAAAGUCAUUGAAAAAGACAAAAAAAGAUAUCCCUUUAGAAGCAUGCCAACACUGUCACCAACCAUGACAUUGAAUCCCUUUUGAUUUGCUGCUUGCACACCGUCAUUCCUCUGCCGUGCAAUGUGCGCAAGGUGUUAACUACUGCCUUGUGCUGUCACCCCUCAGGGAAGAGUUUGUUUUUGCGCUUCUUUUUAGUUUUGGUUUAUUUGUUGCAUUAUUGUUUGUGUUAGGGCUGAACGAUUUUGAAAAACAAAAAAAUCUAAUUGCAACCCCCCCCCCCAAAAAAACAAUAAAAAAAACAUUGUGAUUGUCAUUUCCCCCCCCCCCCCCACAAAUAUAGAAAGUAUCAUUGUCAUUUAAAACGCAAUUAUCAGAUUGAUUAUAACAAAUGUUUUGCUUUUAUAUUUUAUUAGGCUUACGCUAAUAUAAAGGCAAAUGUACCAAUUAGUAUGACUGACAAUUUAUUUAUUUGGUAUUUUCCGGACUAUAAUGCGCUUUGGAAUAUAAGGCACACCUUCAAUGAAUGGCCUAUUUUAAAAUUGUUUUCAUAUAUAGGGCGCACCACUUUAUAAGGGGCACAGAAUAGAAGCUGCAAUAGUGGCUGCAGUUGCAUUAUGAAUCCACUAGAUGGAGCUACGCUUAAGGAAUACAAUACAACAGAGAUUUAUUUAUAUCGAGCUUUCACAACUGCUUCAGCUGCAACAAAGCGCUUUACAGAACUUUUAAAAUUGAUCUAUCUAUAAGGUGCAUCGGAUUAUAAAGCGCACUGUCGGCUUUUGAGAAAAUUGAAUGCUUUUCGGUGCGCCUUAUAGUGCGGAAAAUACGGUAGUUGUUUACUUAUUUACAAAUUUCUACCGCGCCAGCGUGGCAUAAACAUAAGUCAGUCAUAUGUCAGUUUAUAACAAUAAAGCAAACAAAUCGGUUAUUAACCACUAUUUAAAUGGAGAGAGAGCGAAAGAGCCGACCGACUUGACCGAAACAAACAAUCUCCCCCGCCCCCCUAAAAAAAAAUACAGCCUUUGCGAUUUGAAAAUCAAAUUCCUCCAAAUUGCGAUGUCGAUUUUAAUUCGAUGAAUUGUUCAGCCCUGGUUUGUGUUCAGGGAUGCUCCACUGCGAAUGCUUGAGAUUAACGUGUGAAUAUACAUCACUUGAGUUCUUGUGGGGUGGGGGGCACUCACCAACCACUGCGCCCCUGAGGUCAAGCUAAUGCCAACACACACAAGAAAAAAAGGAAAUAUCACAAACCAUCCCCCGGCCCCCCCCAAAAAAAAACAAACAAACAAAAAUCACAGUCUUAUCAGUACUUCUAAACAACUAAAUCUGUUUUCGAUAAAGGUGUCAUCAGGGUCCCUCUUUGUUAGCAAAACCAAAUAUUCUUAUGCAAUACUGAAUCUGUUUGGGUUGUAGUAUUUAUGAUGUACCGAAGUAAUAAUCUCUGUUCUGAUGCACAAAAGCCCUGUACCACGAGUAAAACCUCAGUCUCCCAGCAGAACAAACUUUCCAGUCUGGAAACGUGCUAGACAAUCCAGGAAGGAGAGGCCCGGCCGAGAGAAUGAGGUGUGUCCGCUCAGGGAGGAGACAGCUACACACACACACACACACACACACAAAGAGGUGGAUUUUUUCCUAAUAUUAUUUAUUCUAUUUCCUUAAACUGCAGGAAUCUUGCUCGACAUGAAAAAAAAACCUAAAAGGAGAGUGUAUUUCAUUUUUUUUUUAAGAUGUCCUACAGUAUAAAACAAGCAAUAUGGCCUUGUUGUGUAAUUACGGGUUUGACGGACUUGAUUCCAAAAGGGUUCCAAGUAAUAAAUCCGCCAUUGUUGUGCGCUUGUCGGCAACCAGGCGCAUGAGUGUCCGACUAACGAGCUGUACAGUGGCGUCUUUUCUGUACAUUCACACUUUAACGACGCGAGGGAUCGAUGUGUGUGCUAUUCAAUCAGUGUAUAGUAAACUGGUCCUCCUGUCUCUACUCUCUUGUGUCUUUGUAAAAAGCAAUAGUUUGUGCGUAUGUGCGUGCGUGUUUUGUUGUCAAUGUGAUUAAAUAAACGAGAAAAAAAGAA